GUGGAAAGAAGGGAUAUCAUUUUAAAGUUCAAUCGAAGAUCGGUCAUAUACCACCGAUCCGCAGAUCAGCACACAUCCAGAACGGAGAGCCUAUCAGUCACACAAAUGAUUCGCCCAGCACAGAAGAAGCUAUAAAUUCACAUUGUGAUGAGAAAGCCAACAAUAUUAAUUGCACAAAAGAGCCUGUUGACUGUCAAUCAUUUAUAAAAUGUAACUAUGCAAAACAAGACCAUACUAUGAAUCAUACUAAAGACACUGUGAACAAUGAAAUACCUAUCACAUCAAAGUCUACGGAGGAAAUUGGCCAUGAAAUUACAUUUACUAUAAAUAAUGACCAGGAUGAUGCUAGUGGAUGCACUGCAGGGAAUUACAGAAAUGAAGUGCAGCAUGUAAAACAGGCAGAGAAAACAAUGAAGGACAUCAUUGCCAAUAAAACUACAGCAGCACAUGAUCUCCAGGUAGAUAGCCCAAUCCUUCAUCUUGCUGAGGGUGUAAAGUUAAAUACGAGCGAUCCUUUGGGGAAAUCACUGUUCUGUACUCCAACUGCAAAGCUCGCAAUGUUAGACAUUGGUCCUAGGAAGGAUGAGAUGAUGGUGAAGGUCUUAAAGCCAGUCUGGAACAAGGGGAGAAGAACCAGCAUUAAGUGUGAACCAAGAGCUAAUACUCAAACCAACCAGUCCUUCAACAUAUUAGCACACAAAGACCGAAGCAUCCCAAGUAGGAAUAGGUCCAAAAACAAUCCAAAGUACUCUUCACUUUCCACACAAGUCAAAGAUAAAACCAGGAAAAGCUCUGAGCUAAUUAUUAGCAGAGAGGCCACAGUCACUUCAGCAAAAUCAAAGCUUAAAUCUGUUAAAGCUGCUCAUAGUAACUCUGAAACCCCAUCGCCACGAAAGAACGUUAUUGAUCAUCCACAGAGCAAAAAAGCAAAUCCGGACAAGAUGAAUAACAACAGAGCACAACAGCAUCCAACAGAAAAGGCGCUAAAGAGCACCCGGCAGUUUAAGAGACCCUGUGUAGCGAUGACGCCCAGGUCUAAAUCUGCUGUGGACUUCAUCACAUACAAAGACAUGUUUCAGCAGAUCCAGAGUAGGGAUGAAGGACCAGCUAUCUAUGAGAUGUUUGCUGGUCCAAUCUAUGAUAAUCUUCGAGUUUCCAGCUCCUGUGAGAAAACAAAGGACAGACAAGUACAGUCUGCUCCGUCUAGAAAGACACAACAGAACAGCCAUAUAGUCAAACACCGACCUGUGAAACAAGCGCAGAGUAAGCUGAGAAGAAGCCCAGGGGAGAGAAUGGUGGCUUCAGCUAAAAGCAAAGUAAAACCUGUGUCCUCCAGGGUGAAACCUCACCUCACACCUUUAUCAAAGAAAGGCCUACACAAAAGGGAGAAUGUUCCUAAACUUGAGGCUGAGUUAACUCUCAGUAAAGAUGGUGAGAUUUGUCAUAACAGUGCUGAAGACAAUCUGAUAACACAUGACAAUCAUGUGUUAUCUACCAUACAGGAGGCUCUUUCUAGGUAUGGGUCAGAAACAUUCAAAUCUGAUGACAAAACAUUGACCACGCCUACAACUUCCUAUCACGUGGACAAUAAUAGACGUAUGAACAUGAAAGAAACAAAAGUGAAUUCAGCAGACCAACCGGUUCCUGAGCCUGUGUUUCGUCAAAGCUCCCAACAGCCAAACACUGACAUUUGGACCUCUUCUAACAGCAGUCUCUACACCAUUAUAUCACCAGUUUAUCAGAAGUUUCUGGAUGAGGUGGGGGACGGACCGCUUACAGAUGACCUGCUGCAAUGUCUGGCUGAGGAGCUGAUCUCAUUAGAUGAGAAAGAUGGAUUCACAGAUCCAUGUCCUGAAAACCUGGAACUGAGCAAAGAGGAGUCUGAAAGAGAAGACGAUCCUGUAUUGGGGAGAAAUGCAUAUCCUGAGGUUACUUCUGUAGACAGCGCAGCUCUGCUUGGCUUUGGGUUGGUUGUAAAUGACACCAUCUCAUGGACAAAGGGUGAAAUACUUGGCAGGGGAGCCUAUGGGACGGUGUACUGUGGCCUGACUGGCCAGGGCCAGCUGAUAGCUGUGAAGCAGGUGAGCUUAGACGCCUCUGACCCGGAGUCUGCAAAGAGGGAGUACGGUCGUCUGCAGGGGGAAGUGGAGCUCCUUAAAACCCUUAGACACACCAACAUUGUGGGCUUCCUGGGGACCUCGCUCUAUCAGCAUGUGGUUUCCAUCUUCAUGGAGUACAUCCCCGGAGGAUCCAUUGCUAGCAUCCUCCACAGAUUUGGUCCUCUGCCCGAGCGUGUUCUAGCCCUGUACACCCAUCAGAUCCUGGAAGGAGUGGCCUACCUCCACCUGAAUAGGGUGAUUCAUCGUGACCUGAAAGGAAACAAUGUCAUGCUGAUGCCCACUGGUGUCAUCAAGCUCAUAGACUUUGGUUGUGCACGCCGCCUCAGCUGCCUAAACCACACUGCAAGCAACAGUGGAGAUCUGCUCAAGUCUGUCCACGGCACACCUUACUGGAUGGCACCAGAGGUUGUAAAUGAGACCGGAUAUGGCAGAAAAUCAGAUAUAUGGAGUGUGGGUUGCACAGUGUUUGAGAUGGCCACUGGGAAACCACCACUGGCAUACAUGGACAAGAUGGCUGCCUUGUUCUACAUUGGGGCUAAAAGAGGGUUGAUGCCCUCCCUACCGGACACAUUCUCAGAUAGUGCCAAGGACUUUGUAAAAGUCUGCUUGACAAGUGACCAGAGACUACGGCCAUCUGUGGGGCAGCUGCUGAAGCACACAUUCAUCCCCCAUCAUGAGACUGCAGUGAACUCCUGGGAAACACAGAAAAAGAUCUGUUGCAAUCACCCAGAUGGACUGUGCGGUUAACGGAAGUUACGCCAUGAGGGACUCAGCUCAAAGUGACAUUUAACGUCUUAAUCUAGACCGGUGACUGAAAAGUGACCCUUUGUGACUGACUUUCUGUAACCCUUACUCCCUAGUGAUGCAGUAGUGCCUGUUGAGGGAGCACGCAGCACUGAGCUCAUGUCCAAGACACUUCUGAACCCAACAUGAAGUAAAUCAAGUGUGUAAAAAGCUAAUAUGAGAAGCACUUUAAUAUAUUUCACUUUGUGCAUUAAUACAACCUACAAAAUAUGGAGAUAUAUGCCAGAUUUUAUACUAACUUUUGGUAUUUUUUGUAGCUAUUUGUGCCAAUCUUAUAUUUUAUCACUCCUGGUCUUUGUCCUGUGUAAUAUACGAGUUGAUAGAAUCUGCUGAUAAUGUAGAACACAUUUCUAUCAAUUAAAAGUAAUUGUUUAUGUCCAUAAUCUACAUAUUUCAGUGCUGAGAAUGUGAACUACUUCCUUUUGGUCUCUGACAUGUUGCAGAGGGAUCAGUGUCUUAAAUCAUAUGCGAAGAAGAAAUACAGCUGAUGAAUUAUUUUCAAAUUACUAGAAGUUACUACAGAGUAACAUCUCUUCAUAUUCAAAUUGGCACAUCAGUUUCUUUACUGUUAGUAUAUAUCAAGAAGGAUAGACGCAUAAUAAAAUGACAGCAACAAUCAGAGUUUAUACUGUCAGGGUAGUGACAACUUUGAGGUUUAUUUUUAAUAAGAGGAAAACAAAAAAGGAUGUAAAGAGUGGCUUAUGCUUUCGUCCACACAACUGCUGUUAUUCCGACAGCCCAACUGUGAAAUCAGGGUACAAACAAACCAGCCUCGUUAAGCAUUUUGCACACUAAAAAUAAAUGAGUAACCCAAUUAAAGAACAGAGUGGACUGGGUCAUGUCAAGAUUUUAGAACAUUACAGUUUUAAUGUCGAUGCAAAAAUGUGUUAAGUCAACGUAACUUCAACCAACUGGACGAGGAAGUGAGUGAAAACAAAAAAAUCUAUGGGGGAUGUCAACACUGUGGAUACCUCCAAUAUAUAUCCAGCAGGUCGUCUUGCAUAUGGCCUAUUAGUCACUGUUCUGAGAAGUCUUUCUGCGACUAGAACUGAGGGAACAAGUGUUUCAUUAUUCUGAAUAGUACCCUGUUAAUGGUUGAUUGAAUAAUUACAUGUAUCCCCUUUACCACCUGAUGUCUAAAAGGGCUAGUGUCAUGUUGUGAAUCUACGUCCAAUGCACUUCAAAGUAAAAAGGGUUAUGUAAACUUUAAUAUCACACUACUAUAACUGUCUUUGUCAGGUUUUUUGUCUUCUUUUCUUGAGGCACAACCUUUGGCAUUCUGCUUAAAGGUCUACUAAGAGGUCCAAAAAAAACAAAAACAAUUUUUGGUGGAAAUCAUAUCGUUUUGAUAAAGUGUAGAGUAGGUUUUGGAUGUGCCCGUGUUGCUGAGGGCAUCGACUGACGUUUCCUGUGAUGGAAAAGUUCAGCGCAGCACCCUCUGUAGGAAGGCUGUAAGAAGCACACACCAACUGGAAUGCUGCAAUCAUUCACCCAUGAUGAUGCCCAACAAGUUGAUCAACAAAAUAAGUACUUUAUAGGUUUUAUAGUUAUUUUGUCAUACUUACAAGCAGCUCCAAACCUGAGUAGUCAUGGUAUAGCUUUUUUUUUUCUUUAAACAUACAAAAACGUAUGUACAUUUAUCUUCACUUUCUGUAAACAGCAAGUGUGUUCUCCUUUUAAAUCCCUUUGAUGAUUGAAACAUGCAAAUCUUACGCACAGUAUUUUAAGUAUAAAAAGAAAUCAAGACAAGAAAGUAAUUGAGGAGAUGAAAAUUUACACCUUAAAAAAAAAAAAAAAAAUGCAUCCAUCAACAGUGCUUAAAUGGAAUGCCAGCAAACAUAACUUUUACUCAUCUCCAUCUGGCCACUGGCUUCCUCCAUACAAUCGCAGAAAUGUGAUUCGAUUUUUGGAAAAAAAAAAAAAAAGAAAAAAAUAGAGGAAGAAACUGAAGAAA